ACGAUGACCCAGUACCUGAGCGGCUCCUCGCCCUUCCUCAAGCCGUUCUUCCUCAAGACGCCCGUCCAGGUGGUCGGGCCUCUGCGGAAGAGGCGACACACGCUGCCCGCCAGCGAGUUCAGGAACCUGACGCCUCAGGACGCCAUCAGCGUCUUCGAGAUCGAGAGGGAAGCUUUCAUCUCGGUGUCCGGCGAGUGCCCUCUGACCCUGGAAGAGGUGCUGCGCUUCGUGGGUCAGUGCCCUGAGCUCUCGCUGGGCUGGUUCGAGGAGGGCCAGCUGGUCGCCUUCAUCAUCGGCUCCGGCUGGGACAAAGAGAGGCUUUCGCAGGAGGCCAUGACCCUGCACGUGGCCAACACGUCGACGGUGCACAUCCACGUGCUGUCGGUGCACCGCCGCUGCCGUCAGCAGGGCAAGGGCUCCAUCCUGCUGUGGCGCUACCUGCAGUACCUGCGCUGCAUUCCGCGCCCCCGCCGGGCCCUGCUGGUCUGCGAGGGCUUCCUGGUGCCAUUCUACCUCAAGGCCGGCUUCAAGGAGAAAGGCCCGUCGGCCAUCAGCGUGUCCAACAUGCGCUUCCAGGAGAUGGAGUACCUCCUCGGCGGGCAGGCGUACGCCAGGCGGAACAGCGGCUGCUAG